AUGAUUAUGAUAAAUGUAACCACAGCAAGUGGCUUCCUCCUCCUGGGGUUUUCUGACACCCGGGAGCUGCAGAUUUUACAUGCUUUUCUUUUCUUGGUGAUGAACCUGUUGGGCUUGGCAGGUAAUUUCAUUAUCAUCACCAUCACAACGCUGGACCCACAGCUCCAAUCUCCAAUGUAUUACUUCUUGAAGCACCUGUCCCUUCUCGACCUCUCCUCCCUGUCUGUCACUGUCCCCCAGUCAGUCCACAAUUCCCUGGCAGGAAGUGGAUACAUUUCCUACGCUCAGUGUAUGCUGCAGGUUUUCUUCUUCAUAUCCUUUGCCUGGGGUGAGGUGGCCAUUCUCACAGUGAUGUCCUAUGACCGCUAUGUGGCCAUCUGCCUCCCACUUCACUAUGAGGUCAUCAUGAGUCCCCGAGUGUGCAGGUUGGCUGUGACAGCUGUGUGGAUAAGCGGAGGCAUCACAGGAACCUUGUACACAGCAACCACAUUCUCUAUCAGAUUCUGUGGGGCAAAAAUAAUCCACCAGUUCUUCUGUGAUAUCCCCCAGUUGCUCAAGCUCUCCUGCUCCAAUGAUUACAUUGGUGUGGUUGGGGCAGUUGCUUUCAUGGUUGUGGUGGGAACCGCCUGUUUCACUGCCAUUUGCCUCUCCUAUGUCCAGAUAUUCUCCACAGUCCUCAGGAUGCCCUCUGCGGAAGGUCGGUCUAAGGUCUUUUCCACCUGCCUGCCCCACCUCUGUGUGGUCACAUUUUGUAUCACCACUGGUAUCUUUGCAUAUCUGAAGCCAACUUCAGACUCAACAACUGCUCUAGACCUCAUGCUCUCUAUGUUUUACACAGUACUUCCCCCAACAUUCAACCCUGUUAUCUACAGCCUGAAGAAUGAGGCCAUGAAAACAGCUGCAAGAAAGUUGCUGUUAAGUGACAGAUUCCCUGGAGGAAAAUUAAUUUUUUCUUGUUGCUCUUAG